CUUUGGGGGGAGUUUAAGUUGUCUUAUUUAAUUGCGCCCGUCGAUCCAUUCACCCAUGUUAGGAGUACAUUCAAGAUCGUGUAGCGUUUGUCGUUGUGUUCCGAAAUGGCAGUACCAAAAACUAUUGAGCAGGCUUUUCCAGGUCACAAACGAACCAGUUCUGUUGCAUAAACCGGGUAGUACGGAACGUCAGAAGUUGGAUAGUACGUUGGAUACUAUGAUUAUAAACGGGCCUUAUCAUGUGCCUAUAUGUAUUGAUUCAAACGAAUUAUCAUCCGGACAACCUCGAAGGCAGAUUUUGGUAUGUCAAUAAAGUGUUUUUUUAAUGGGAAGAAUCAAGCCAUUUGAGCAUUCGAAAACACUGGUCAAUUUUUAUCAUGCCUCAGGAGAGCAAAUAAAAUCUGCAAUUGAAUCUUGUCUAAUAGCUCGUAAAACGUGGUCACGCACAAGUUUUGAUGAACGCGCUAAGAUAUUCUUAAAAGCAGCGGACCUUGUUAGCGAUAAAUAUCGCAUGGAGUUGUUGGCAUCAACUAUUCUCGGUCAAGCGAAAACAAUUUUUCAGGCUGAGAUUGACGCAGCUGCAGAAUUAGCAGAUUUCUUGCGUUUUAAUGUGAAAUUUGCCUCAGAAGCCCUGCAAUAUAAACCAAUCAAUACCCAUGAUGCAAAGAAUGAAGUAGUUUACCGAGCAAAUGAAGGGUUUUGGGCUGCUAUACCACCAUUUAAUUUUACAGCUAUUGCAGGGAACCUAGCAAGUGCCCCAGCUUUAAUGGGGAAUGUUGUGAUUUGGAAACCCGCUGAUACAUCCAUAUAUUCUAAUUAUCUUGUUUACAGAUUACUCCGCGAAGCAGGUUUACCCCCUGGUGUAAUCAACUUUGUCCCAGCAGAUGGCCCAACAUUUGGUAAAAUAAUUUGUGAACACCCUCAACUUGCUGGUAUCAACUUCACUGGAAGCACGAAAACUUUUCGUGCUAUAUUGAAAAUGAUUGGCGACAAUGUUGAUAAGUAUCGUGGUUAUCCAAGAACUAUAGGUGAAUGUGGCGGCAAAAAUUAUCAUUUUAUCCAUCCAUCUGCAAACUUGGAAGAAGCUGCUCUCGGCACUAUCCGAAGUUCAUUUGAAUACUCUGGUCAAAAAUGUAGCGCAUGUAGUCGACUUUAUGUACCAGAAAAUUUAUGGCCAAAAUUUAAACAACUUUUACUUGGUCAUUAUGAACAAUUGAAAAUAGGAUCACCACUUGAUUCAGAUACAUUUUCAUCUGCAGUUAUUGAUCAUACUGCAUUCAAUAAAAUCUCUGGCUAUCUACAAUAUGCAUCCAGUUGUCCAGAUAUUGAAGUUGUCGCCGGUGGUCAUAGAGAUGACAGCGUUGGUUACUUUAUUCAGCCUACAAUUUUGAUUACUAAUAAUCCAACAGAUAAGUUAAUGAAGGAUGACAUUUUUGGACCCGUUUUAUGCACAUAUUUAUAUCGUGAAAAUGAAAUUGAGAAAACCUUAGAUCUUGUUGAUUCAACUACAGAUUAUGCAUUAACUGGUUCCAUUUUUGCUCAGGAUGAAGAAUUUAUUAAGUAUGCAACUGAUCGCCUUAUCGAUACAACUGGUAAUUUUUAUGUAAAUGUUCAAUCCACUGGAUCUGUAGUUGGUCAACAACCAUUUGGGGGAGCUAGAUUAUCAGGUACAAAUGAUAAGGCCGGUGGACCUCAAUACACUUUAAGAUUCACUUCUCCGCUUUCGAUUAAAACACAAAUUAAACCCAUUCUAUCAUGGAAACAAGCACAUAUGAUUGACUAAUUGUUUCAUUCACUUUUACUAUUUGGAAAUUACUCAUUGCAUACGUAUAAGGCCUAAUCGUUGAACCAUCCUUAUACUUGUUAUUUCAACAAAAUGUUUGUACUCUUUUUUAAUCUUACAUGUAAUAAAUUUUAUACUUUUCGAUGA